CGACUCCGGGUUUGAUGCGGUGAUGAAGUCCUCGGUGAGCAGCUCACUGUUGUCAGCCCGACGAGCUACUUUAGCGCACAACUUUUAAUAUCCGCCGUGAGACCGCUCUGCAGCUGACCGAGGGGAGAACAAAACUACAUAUCCCCCCCCCCCCUGUUUUUGCUCUAGUUUUGCCCUGUUAAUCCAGGCCAGGCUAGACGUGUCGCGCAACAUCUCCCACCACCUUUUGUGGAUUUUUUCCCCCCCUCUCCCGCAGCCGACAGCGAAACAGUCUGGUGCUUUGAUUGAGAGGAAAAAGAAGGAGAAGAAGACAAACACACUUAAGGCUCGGAUUGUGUGUGGUUUUUUCCCCCCCAUAUCCGAACAUGACGAGAAGAUGUGGAAGCAGGUAUGAUAAUGAGGAUUAUCUCUAACACAUAUGCAGUGAGGUGCCCUGGUUGCGGAUUCAGGCUGCUCGGUCAUCGAGCUGAGGGGGAGAUUUUGGGAGAAGUCGUGUGGCGCACAAAGAGCUUAUUAAAGCCGAGGACACAACAAGUUUCAACCAUGCACCUCCUGUGCUGACAGAGGACCGAGGUGGGAGAGGAGCCGCAAGAAACCCGUGCCCGUCGUUCCUCGCUGUUGUUGAUUUUGUAUUUUUUAUUUUUCUGGCCACACUUCUUCACCACAACACAAAGUUGGACGGUUGAGAGAAGUUUCCAGUCGGUCGUCAUCACACUUUAGUAUCAGACGAGCAGUCAGACGAGCUCCACAUUCCCUCAGGACUGAUAAACCACACGAAGCCAAAGUGUGUAUUCUCUACUGCGGUGGGUUUUUGUUUUUUUUUUUGACCACAGUGGGAGGCUGAAGUCUGAACUGAAGUCCACUUUAAAUGCGGAAUGGUUUGCGGUCAGUGAGUGCACAGCCGAGCUGCCAGUGCCACUUGAUUUUUGACUCGAGGCAAAACAAAAGUCGGUUCAUUUUUGGCCGUUUGGCACCGACACCAUGGAGCUGACACACUGGUGGAGCAUUGUCCUGCUGGGCUGCAUCUUCCUGGACUGGGCUCUUCUGGCUUCGGCAGAGGAGGAGGUCCUGAUGAACACAAAGACAGAGACUUCUGAUCUCAAAUGGACCAUCUUCUCCACCACCAAACCUGAGUGGGAGGAAGUGAGUGGUUUGGAUGAGGAGAACAACAGUGUGAGGACCUAUCAGAUCUGUCAGCUGACUGACAGCUCGUCCAGCCAUUGGCUGCGCAGUGGCUUUAUCCAGCGCCAUGGAGCGUCGCAGGUUUACGUGGAGCUACGAUUCACCAUGAUGGAGUGUUCGUCCCGGAGCACCCACCACCGCAGCUGUAAGGAGACCUUUAACCUCUACUACUACCAGGCUGACUCCAAUGAGGCAACGACCACUCACCCACCCUGGAUGGAGAACCCAUAUACCAAGGUGGACACAGUGGCUGCGGACUUUCUUCUAAGGAAGGGUGGGGAGCGGAAAUUUAAUGUGAAGACCUUAAGACUCGGCCCGCUCUCCAAGAGAGGCUUCUACUUGGCUUUUCAGGCUCAGGGCGCCUGCAUGGCCCUGCUGUCUGUCAGGGUGUUUUUCAAAAAGUGCCCUCCCCUGGUCAGUGCCCUCUCCUCUUUCCCUGAAACUGUGCCCCGAACUCUGGUACAAGAGGCGCAGGGUGUGUGCGUGGAGCACGCCGCCCAGCAGGGGCCCCGACCUCGACCGCCCAAGCUCUUCUGCGGGGAGGACGGCCAGUGGGUGGGCCAGCCAACGACCUCCUGCGCCUGCCUACCGGGAUUUGAGCCAGCUGAAGCACACACAAGAUGCACAGCCUGUCCUGUGGGUCAGUUCAAGUCGGGCACAGACGGACAGUGCAUCGGCUGUCCAGGAUUCAGCCACGCCACCGUCAGGGGGGCGUCCGUGUGUGCAUGCCGCUCCGGAUACCUACGUGCGGAAUCCGACUCUCCAGACACCCCGUGCACUAGACCUCCCUCAGCCCCGCGCAGCAUCGUCACCGAGAUCAACGACACCACACUCAGUCUGGAGUGGAAUGAACCCCUGGACAACGGCGGCAGAACAGACCUGACCUACACCAUCAGGUGCUCUGUGUGCAGGUCAGCCAAAGGACCGUGCCUCUCCUGUGGAGACAGCGUCAGCUACCGGCCCCAGCAGCACGGCCUGCUGGGUCGUAGGGUGGAGGUGUGGGGCCUGCUGCCUCACACCACGUACGGCUUCACAAUCCAGACGCUCAACGGAGUGUCUGAGCUCAGCGGCAAGGAACCUGCCGGCGAAAGCGUCAACAUCACCACGAUCCAUGAUGUGCCGUCGCUGGUGUCUGUCAUUCGAAAGAGUGACUCCACAGAGAGCAGUCUGACUCUGCACUGGUCAGUCCCAGCUCAGCCGCACUACACCAUCCUGCAGUACCAGCUACGCUACUGUGAGAAGGAGCGACGUAGUGAAGAUCAGUGCCACUACGCAGAGAGUAACAGAAACCAGGCUGUGCUGACAGACCUCCGUAGGGCCACUCAGUACGAGGUGCAGGUCCGGGCGCGCACCAUGGCCGGGUAUGGCAGCUUCAGUCCUGCAGCUGUCUUCCGCACGCUUCCUGAUGGACAAGACUCUGCCUCCCAGUUCUUGGUACCAGGCAUCCUUAUCGCUGUUGGGAUGCUGCUGCUUGUCAUUUUUGUCUUUGUGGCCGCCUAUUGCAUACGCAGACACAGCCGGGUAAAGGAUCCAGAGCUGAGCGACAAAAACAACCAGUACCUUGUCGGCCAAGGGGUCAAGGUUUAUAUCGACCCCUUCACCUAUGAGGACCCUAAUGAGGCAGUGAGAGAGUUUGCCAAGGAAAUUGAUGUUUCCUUUGUCAAGAUCGAGGAGGUUAUCGGUGCUGGAGAGUUUGGGGAGGUGUGUCGAGGACGGCUGAAGAUCCCAGGGAAAAAAGAAAACUACGUAGCAAUUAAGACGCUAAAGGGAGGCUUCACCGACAAGCAGAGGCGAGACUUCCUGUCUGAAGCCUCCAUCAUGGGCCAGUUCCAGCACCCCAACAUCAUCCACCUGGAGGGGAUCAUCACGGCCAGCUGUCCAGUCAUGAUCCUCACAGAAUUUAUGGAGAAUGGAGCUCUGGACUCUUUUCUACGGCUGAACGACAGCCAGUUCACGCCCAUCCAGCUGGUAGGUAUGCUGCGCGGCAUCGCCUCCGGCAUGAAGUACCUGGCAGAGAUGAGCUACGUCCACCGGGACCUGGCUGCUCGCAACAUCCUGAUCAACAGCAACCUGGUGUGCAAGGUGUCUGACUUUGGCUUGUCACGCUUCCUACAGGAGAACUCCUCUGACCCGACCUACACCAGCUCUCUGGGAGGUAAAAUCCCAAUCCGCUGGACAGCACCGGAGGCGAUCGCCUUCAGAAAGUUUACCUCAGCCUCAGAUGUCUGGAGCUAUGGCAUUGUCAUGUGGGAGGUCAUGUCUUUUGGAGAGAGGCCGUACUGGGACAUGAGCAACCAGGAUGUAAUCAAUGCCAUAGAGCAGGACUACCGGCUGCCCCCGCCCCCUGACUGCCCCACCCAUCUGCACCAGCUGAUGCUGGACUGCUGGCAGAAGGACCGCUCGGCACGGCCUCGCUUCGCGGACCUCGUCAGUGCUCUGGACAAGCUGAUCCGCAACCCCGCAUCGCUGAAAAUAGUGGCUCAAGAAGGAGCAGGGCCGUCCUACCCCCUGCUGGACCAGCGUGCACCUUUAGCCCUCUCGUCGUGUGCUUCAGUGGGGGAAUGGCUCAGGGCCAUCAAGAUGGAGCGCUACGAGGACAGUUUCCUGCAGGCCGGCUUCAACUCAGUGGACCAGCUGGCCCAAGUCUCCACGCAGGAUCUGCUGCACAUGGGAGUGACGCUGGCUGGGCAUCAGAGGAAAAUCCUUUCCAGCAUCCAGACAAUGACCUUUCAGAACAAGAGCACUGCGACUGUGACCUUCUAGCUCACCUGUCCCCCAACCUCGACGUGAACACCAGCACACAGGUGCAGCCAUGUACUGAGAGCACUCCGGAUCCUCUCCUGCGACCCACUUUGAAUACAAACUCCCAAGAGAGAUCGGAAGAAUUUAUCAAUAACUAAAAAGAUAAUGAAGAAAAUAAAUGACUAAAGCUGAGACUUUCUCAUCGGGGUGAGAUGGAUGUCCAGAGACAAGCGAGUCAUCUACAGUGAACAGAGGACAAAGCUGACGUGCAGACGGACUCAUUUUUACAGUUUGUUGUCAGUGUUUUUAUUUCCACACAAGGUUAGGACCCAAUAAAUGUGCUUAACCGUGUUAGAGAGAUCAGAGUUUACAAAGUUCCUGUAGAAUCAUGUCAUUUUUAAAACUGACAGUUGACUGAUUUGUUGUCAAAAUAAAAAAAAAAAAUCACGUCACCAAAGCAGACAAAAGAAAGGCUGGUGCCAAUCCAAGGAUUUCACGUUUCAUAUCAUUGUGUAAUUACAAAUGAGAACUGCUUUCACCCUGGGUGUCUUCCAUUAAAUCCAUCCGGAUUACUGCAGACACCAUCCACAUCAAGACUGAACAUUUUUGCUGUUGGAUUUUUAAAACUUUUUUCUCCCCCAUUUGAUUUCAACAUUACCUCCUCUUUACUCAGGUGUGAUGUGAAUUGCAGACUUUGGAGAGUGCUUUACUCGACCUAAUCAGACAUCUUUCACCUUCCCGGGUCUGGCUCUCCCCUCACCAGCUUCACGUGUGAGGAGAAGAGAGGCACAGAGACAUAUCUGCACUUUUGUCAUUUCAGAGUGAAUUGUAUUCUCCACGUGUUCCUCUUGGAGUGUGGUUGGUAAUCUCUACUGCCUGUGUUUCUGCUGGCAGCUCAGUUUUAAUAUUGUUAGGCUGAUCGAGGACCAAGUGGACUCAGAGACCAGAGAUCACUGUAGAAUUGGUUUUCUUUGUGGAAAUUGACCAAGGAAGCUAUCUGGCCUCAAAUUUGUUUUUCUUGAUAUAAGUGAUACAUUUUUAAUUCUCUUGUUCUGUAAUCUCCAUCUUCCAGUGCCAUUCAGUUGUCUUUGUGGACUUAAAUGCCAAUUUUAUAAAGCAGAAAUCUCUCCUGAAUGAUUUUUGUCUCAUUUAAAUGUACCUAAGGGGGUACGUAGGUAAGGGUUACUUUGACAUUUUGGAGUUGAGUGUUAUUUUCCUUCAUCAUGCUGGUUCUGUAUUUGGCAAAAAAUGCUUCUGAUUUUGCCCCCAAAGCUUUGUAAAAGAAAACACCAUCUAACAGGCUAGCUUGUAGCCAGUAGUUGGUUUCAGGGCAGAGGGCUAAUAGCUGCUGUUUGAUUAAGCGGAGCAGGCCCUUUGCCUUCUAUGUUAAGUGUUUUAUUUUCUUUCAUCAGUUGAUUUUUGUGUGGUAACUAAAAUGUUUCUGCUUUUUGCCCCAAAGCUACACAGAAAACAGCUUCUUAAUGAUCUUGACAUUUAAAAUCUCUCUGGUUUGGCCCCAGAACUGCAGAAAAUAGUUAACAUUAAGCAUGGAAAAACAGCACAACAGCUAAUACGUUAGCUCGUAGCCUGGAGCUGGAUUCAGGGUAGUAUACGAGUAACUACUGUUUGAUUAGCAUAGCACAGUGCUGGUUGUGCGGUCAGUAAAAUAUUUCUUCUUUUGCCCUAAAGCAACACGUAUGUUUCUUAACACUCUUGGCAUUUAGCAUGACAAAACCAUGCACGGCUAACAGGCUAGCUUAUAGCCAGAAGCUGGUUUGAGGGCAGAAGGCCAGUAACUGCUGUUUCAUUAGCAACACAAACCCCUUGCCUUCCAUGAUAGGAGUGCUGUUUUCUGUAAUCCAGUGAUUUUUGUGUGGUAAGUAAAAUGUUUCUGCUUUUUGCCCCAAAGCUAAAGAAAAACAGCUUCUUAACAAUCUUGACAUUUAGCAUGAAAAAUUCAUGCACAGCUAACAGGCUAGCUUGUUGCCACAAUACCCAUUGUUUUAAGGUUAGAAGGCUAAUAAUGUUGCUGAGCUGCUACUUAAUUAGCAGAGCAGCCCCACAUUUUUAACUGUAGUGUAUUAUUUUUCUUUUUAUCAGAUGUCGGUUGUAGAGUCGGCCAAGCAUUUCUGCUUCCACCUCAAAGCAAAAAGGCAUUUCUCAGUACCACAACUCGUUAACAGGCUAGCUCUUAGCCAGUCGUAUCCAUUGGUUUCAGGUUGGAAUGCUAAUAAUACCGCUCAGCUGCUGUUUGAUUAGCAGAGCACCCCCCUGCAUAAUAUUACAAGCUGCUGGUGAAGAGGAAUAACAGACUCGAGAUCAAAAUGUCAAAGUAUUGCUCAAAGACUGUGCACCUCUUGAAGGAUAAUACCAGCCUUUUUGACAUUUAGGUCAUGUAUAAUUUCCCCCCUGGUUGCUUACAGACCUGCAGUGAAGCAAGAAAAAUGAAGCUUACACAGCUACUAAAAACAUCUACGUGGAAUACAAAAUACAUAUCAGUGUUUCCAAAUGGUUUUACCUCGGUGCCAUAGUGUACUUUUAUGGAAGAUUGUCAUCUUUAUUAUUUUGAGUUUGUUGUAUUUUUUUUUCUUCAGUUUGCUUUGCAUUUUGUUUUUUCCUAUCACAGGUGUUUAUAUUCUGGGAUUUAAAGAGGUUAAAAGUGCUUUUUUUCGCACAUUCAAAAUCCAGUCAGAUGUGUUAAUUGGGUAUAAUAAAUGAUAUUGUAGUCUGGUUAAUGUGCCCCAUAGAUAUGGUGGCGCAAUGAUUUUUCACUUGGAGCAAGUGUGGUUGACACGUCAGUGUUGCCAUACAAAUUCAUCUUUUUCCAACAUGUGCUGAUGUAAGACCUUAAUCAAAAACUCUGGUAUUGUCGUGCAAGAGUGGAAGAAGUACUGUGGGAGAUGUGGUCUUCAUAUUGAAGAUCUCAAUAAGAGUCAUCUUCGAAACAAUGAAUAGAUAAAGUAUGUUUUGAUUACCAUCCUGUGUGUAGGCUAAUCUGUAUUCAGUAUUCAUAAUAAAGAUACACACCAGUGUUUACCAUCAA